AUGGCUCUCGUCGGUCCAUACCUUGAGGCCUAUGACCCGGAAGCCCAAGGUGUUCAUGAACCUGCAAAGUAUUCCGUGGUCAAGAGCCGUGAUCUUGUUCCGGUCGAGAGGCAUGCGCAAUCUGAAAGCAUUUCCGCGUUCCUAGAAGCGGCAAAGCACAUGGGUCUCCAUGAUAGUCUGCUCCUUGAUGUAAAAAUUGAAUUUGGCUUCCAGGGAGGCAGAGGCAGGGUGGUUGUCCAUGGGCACUCUCCAAAUGGUGGCGCCAUUUCUGAUGAGUCUACCGGUUCACGCUUUGGUAGCAUCAGCGCUUUUCGGGCCGACGACGUUGGUGGCUCUGGCGUCGGUCGCUCUGGCGUUGGUCCCAAGGAUGACAGGGAAGACGACGACGACAACGCCACCGGCAAACGGACCGACGACAUUGGUGGCUCUGGCGUUGGUCGCUCUGGCGUUGGUCCCAAGGAUGACAGGGAAGACGACGACGACAACGCCACCGGCAAACGGACCGACGACAUUGGCGGCUCUGGCGUUGGUCGCUCUGGCGUUGGUCCCAAGGACGACAAGGGAGACGACGAUGACGCCGCCAAUGCUGCCGACGGCGGCGGCGCUGUUGGCAUGGGUGGUCUUGGUUGCCCCGAGUUUCGCUGCUCUAAGAUCAUCGCCAGGCGUUCAAGCAACUCUCCGACCAAAGUGGCAUCCUGA